UUUAAGAAGAAAAGGAGUUACUGUGUUAUACUGAAGAGAAGAAAUAUGGGUGAAAUGAACUUCUACCAUAUAACUAUGUUAGUCUGUGGAGAACAGGAGAGUGCCAUCAGGUUAUUGUUUAAUGAUAAAAAGUGGCCAUGCUGGCUUAAAGUUGUGGCAGCUGAAAAUGUGAGUGACAUUAUACAGAGUGGGUUCACAGAUAUAUUUUUAACUGUGGAUCAGUAUAGUAGAGCGGGUCAUCAUGGUAGCUGUCGUGACUCAGUUUUCGAAGAGGUCAAGUCAGAAAGUAUAAAUAUUAAGGCAGAAAUAAACACUUCUUGUCAGGAAGCAUCAAGUGAGAAACAGCAACAUUCUGACUAUAAAUCUGACAAUUCUGAGAGCGAGCACAGCAUUUCUGACAAUUUAUUACAGGUUUCAGAAAAAGAAUUGCAUGUUGUAUCUGACAACGAUAACAAAAGAUCUGACAAUAAUAACAAAAGUUCUGACAAUAUGCCACAGUCAUCCGACAAUGAAGAUACUGAUUGUGAUUAUAUGAAUGCUGACAAUGAUAUGGGGAGUUCUAGUUCAGAUGCUAUUGAAGAAUUGUCUAAUAAGUUGAGGAUUAGAUCAUCUCACAGAAAAAAGGAUAACAAACAAGAACUAUCCAGUGGUAAAGGAAAAUCAAGUAAAAAAAGCAGUGAAUAUCACUCACAAUCACUCACUAGUUGUAUAAAUAACAGAAGCAGUGAUGAAUCAAAGAAGACAAAGUUCAGAUGUUCUAUGUGCAAUAGGUACCUUGCGUCUAAACCUUCCCUCCUGCGGCAUUGUCAGCGUCGCCAUGGGGACGAAUGGUUUGAAUUUAAAUGCAAGGAUUGUCCAUGCAUGUUUAAGAAAUUGGAAGAGUUAUGGAAGCACAGAAAUGAAGUAAAGCAUGAGCCACCGAAAGUGCAGCCAAAGUUUUCUGAGAAGAAAAAUCUCAGUCCUGAGGAGCUAGAGCAGCUGGGACAUAUAAAAUGCACUGCUUGUGGUAAAAUAUUACCAAGCAGGAGACUAUUGAGGAGACAUUUUUACUCAGAUCACCGAGAGUGUAUGCCCGGACCUUCGUGUGCAGUUUGUGGUGCAGAGUUCAAGACACGUCAAGAAUUGUGGAAACAUAAACGUGAAAUGAAGCAUAAUGACAGCUUGUCUUUAUUACAAACUUACCAGUGUGAAGAAUGUGGUAAAAUAUUGACAGGUGGCUACCAAUCCUUCAAACUACAUCAAAAAUAUGCAUGUAAAGACACAGAAGAUGAGCCUCAGAUUAAAUGUGAUCUCUGCGGUGGCAUGUUUAAAUCAGAAGUACAUGUACAACAGCAUAUCAAAAGAACACACUCUGAAUUACCUGUUGUGUGUGACAUAUGUGGCACGAUAUGUAAAAAUAAACAUGCACUUAAUAGCCAUAAAAGGAGACAUAAUGAGAAAAAUAAAAAAUUUGUUUGCAACAGUUGUGGAAAAGCAUUUCUAACCAACAUACUUUUAAAGAUGCAUAUACGUACACAUACGAAAGAAAAGCCUUAUAAAUGUCCACUGUGUGAUUAUAGGUGUGCAAUUAAACAAAACAUUCAGAAGCAUUCUGUUAAUGUACAUAAAACACAAGUGAAAUGUGCAGACAUUGUGACAAUAUCAGAAACUGGAUUGUCAAGCAAUAAAAUACGUUUGCUUGAAAAUACUGACAAGGUGUAUGACGAAACAAGAGAUAUGAAACAGAGAUCAUUACAAUUUUCACCUGAAGGUGUAUUUUUGCCAGAUGACACGGAACAGAUAUCAAAUGAAAGAAUGUCAUAUUUCAACAAAGUAUCAAAUAACUUAAAUUAUGCGGAAACUCUGUCAAAUAAUGGAUCAUUACUGACAAAAGAUAGGAUAUUGCUGACAAAUGAUAUGAGAAAGGGUUGGAAGUCAAUGACAAGCAAUAAGUCUUUGUUUUCAGAUGAGAAAAGAAGUAACUUGUGUGAUAAAGAUUUUAAGAGUUAUCCAUUCAAUGAGAUAGAAGGUGCAUAUGAUUUAUCCAUUUGUAGACAGAAUACAGCAUCAAGCUCAGGGAAUGAAGUGGACAAAGUGAUUGUAAAUACUGAAAGUGCUCGUGCUAAUGUAAAUAAUGUGAAAGUUACCUCAACUGGUAGUUACACAGAGCUUGUUAACUGUAGUAUUAACCCAGUGACAUAUGCAAAUACCAAUACUUCUCAUUACCCAUAUGCAUGGGAAUAAAACAUGAUAGGAUCAAUUAGCUUACUUAUUAUACUCUACACAGAUUUUGCAAUUUCAUACUUUUUACUAAGCAUCCUUUGUUUUCCCUCGCUGUUAGAAAAAGUCCUUUUGGGCUAUCUAUAUGGCUUUGUUUAUUAUGUGGCUGCCACAUUUUUGUUAUGAAGAUAAAAUAUAUAUUGAUUUCAUGUAAUUUUUUAUUUUCAGUUGUUAUCUCAUUUAUUUUUCAUAUGGAUAUUUGAUAAAUACUAAGUAGAAAGUA